AUGAAAUACAUUCUGGUAAUUUUUUUUAGUCUUGUGCAAAGGGCUGAGUCAGGCCUUUCGGCUAACCUUGAUAAAUGCGUUAAUCCUGCUAGUCCCGCAGCCAUGCCUCGUCCAUUACCACCUCCUACUGCUUGCAAAAAUAAGGAUCCAACUAUAUGCACCGCUGUUUUCGAUCCCAUAGGACUUACUUCAGUCGCUUUAGAAAAGUGCCCCAAGCCAUGUGGGCUAUGCAACGUACCUGGUGCGGCGGGUCGUUGUCCGGAUGUUUCUGAUAAUUGUAUCUCUUUAUUGCCCAUCUUAACGUGCAAUAAUACAUACAUGCAGCAAAACUGCAUGUUAACGUGCCGAAUUACAACUUGCAUAUCUACAACAGCAGCAGGUUCUUCUGCAUGUUCAGACAGUCGAGCUAAUUGCGGACAACUGGCAAACUACUGCACCAUUCCACCAUAUUCAACUGUCAUGAGAGAUCAAUGCAAAAGAACAUGUGGCAUAUGCAGAUAA